AGCUCACAGUACACAGAAAGUGUGGAGGCUUGCAGAUGUUCUACCUUUGACUUGAGGAUGCAAUAUUUUGUGGGAUUUGUGAGCAUCUUGUUGUUAUUCCCACAGAGAUCUCGUAAUGAAGCCCUGUGUCCAAAGAGAUGUGUUUGUGACAGUACAAAAUCAGUUCAGUGCUACAGUAUUUCUGCGGUACCACUGGGGAUACCACUGGAUGUGCGAAAACUGAAUCUAGGCCAUAACAACAUUAAGGAAUUAAAGAAAUCUGGGUAUGCUGGCCUGGAAGCACUUGAAGAAAUAAUUUUAUCCUCAUGUGGAAUAGAAGCAAUUGAGAGCAACACCUUUAAAUCCCAAUGUAAUCUAAAGGUACUGGAUCUAGUGAAGAAUAAAUUAAAGCAUGUUCCUCGAGCCCUUCCACAAAGCCUUGAAAUCCUAAAACUAGGGAACAACAGAAUCCAAGUCUUACAUGAUUCUCAUUUAGAAGGACUAAAAAAGCUCAGAGUUCUUGACCUACAAAACAAUCUUCUUUCUAUUAUAAGACCCAGCUCUCUUUCAUCUCUUGUCAGACUUGAAGUCCUUUAUCUGAAUGGCAAUAACAUAGAGUCCAUAUCUGGUCCCUUCAGGCUACCUCGGCUUAGCAGGCUGAACCUUGAAAAUAACAAGUUGUCUUUUAUUCAAUCAAAUGCCUUUAACUUUUUACAUACCAUUCAAGUGUUAAGUCUGUCUGGAAACCAGCUGGUCAAAGUUCCACAAGAUCUCCCUCCAACACUUUUGUCAUUGAAUUUGGAUCAAAAUCAGAUCAGGGGGUUAAAGGGUAGAGAUAUCAAUCAUUUGAAAAUGCUCUCUCAUCUGUCUCUUUCUUACAACAGACUGUCAUCCAUUGAGUGUGACCUUUCUCUGCCAAACCUCACUAUCCUGCAGCUUUCAGGAAACCAAAUCAAAAUUAUACCCUGCAAGCUUCCUGCUGGACUUGAAAAGCUUGAUUGCAGUCAUAAUCUUAUUCAGGAAGUAACCAUUUCAGGACUCUCAGGCCUCGGGCAGCUGAAACAUCUCUUCCUGGAGAAUAAUGUCAUUCAUCAUAUUGAAGCUGGAGCUCUUAAAAAUUGUGUGAAAUUGACAGAUUUGGCGCUAGAACAGAAUCGACUUACAGCUAUUCCUCUUGGGCUUCCCGAGACACUUGUUAGAUUGGAUCUGAAAGGAAAUAACAUUGCAUUUAUCUCAGAGGAAGAGGUGAAGAAUCUCCAGAAGCUGCAGAUGUUGAAUUUGCGAAAUAACAGCCUGUCAUCUCUAAGCAAAGCAGCCGUGGACCUGCUGUCUAGAUUACGAAGGGUCUACCUAGAUGGCAAUCCAUGGAACUGCAGUUGUGACCUCCUGAAAGUUGAAAGAUUGUUGUUAGCUAGGCAAGUUGAAAUACCCAGUGGGCUGUGCAGUGAGGCCAGCCGAAGUCAACAAGAAUACAAGAAGAUUUCUGUAACACCCUUGACUGGGUGCCAAGACGACAUGGAAAAAACAGCCGAAGGCGGUAAAGACGAGAGAAAGAUGGAUAAAGAUAAUGAACCGAUAGAAACAGAGGAUUACUAUGAUUAUGAUUGACCGUGAGCACAAAUGAGUUCCCAUAUGACAUUAACAGAUAAGCUUUUCAGAUGACCUCUGAUACUUUAAGCUGGUAAUUCUGGCUGACAGACCAUGACUAUAUAAUUUACUGUAAGGGAAUGGUGCAUGUGUAUUUAUUGUCUUUAUCAAAUAAAAAACUAAUUGUUCCUUUCCUUGUUUUUAAGAAAUAUAGAGAGAGGUAAACACCAUCAAUUGUACCACAAUGAAAGAUUUGUGUAAUUUAUGAAUGCAUCGGUACAGCAAAAUGAACAUAAUAAUUAAAAAGAUACUAUAAAUGCAGGAAACAUAAUCUCCUACAAAAUAUUAUUUAUGUUUUUGUUCUAGUAUUAAGUCAUAUUCAGAGAAAGGUUAAUCUUCAGAAAUUCCAUCUUUACAAGUCCACCUUGUUAAUUAGAUCUGCAAAAAUAAAAUAUUUUGCCUUUUUCAUAGUGGCUUAGGUACAAAGUCGUAAAUAAUGUUUCAUUAGAGUGGCAGAAUGUGAUUGUGAAUGUGAGUGCUGGUCUCUCUUCCUUAUUUUAUUUAUAGUCAAAAUAUGCAGAUACAUCUGACAUACAGUAUAUUUAAAAUGUGGUGGAGAAUAUUUAUGCAACACAGCAAGUGUUGCUGAUGCUGUGCUCCUUAAAUGGUACAAUUUUCAGACUAGUGUAAAAUACAGUGUAUUAAAUAAAAUAUUUAAUAAUGUCAUAUAAAACACCCAAUAAUUGAAAUCCUCACUGUCACCCUGACGUAAAUUAAGAUGAGAUAAGAUAUUUAAAAUUGAUGUUAUUUACUAUAUUAUAAAGUAAUAUCGUAAACUGGUAUGGUGCUGCAUCCCUCAAGUAAAUGACGGAUGAAAUCACAAUAGUAUGUAUUUAACUAGUUUUUGCAACACCAACAAUAAAAGACGAUGUUUCAGUUUACUUUCCUUUUUUGUUAAUUUUUUGUCUUGGAGGGAACAGGGAUGCAGUGUUUAGUACUUCUGACUGAUAGCUACAAGACACAAAACUUAAAUUCAGCCAGGUUUUUUCUUAUUUGCAGUUAACUGCAGUAUGUAUGUUCUCCCUGUAUUUAUGUGGGUUUUUCUCCAGGUACUCUCAUUUUCCUCCCAUAUUUCAAAGACAUACUCAUUAGCAUAAUUGGUUGCUCUAUACUGGUCCUGUAUAAGCAGAUAUGAUGGUCUGGUGUUCAUGGAUGUUUCCUGCCUUUCACCUUAUGCUGUUAGGCUAGGCUCAGGCUUCCUUGACGCUGAUAUGAAUUAAGUAGGGUUGAUAAUGUAUGAAUUUAGCAUUUACUAUUGUAAUGUUGAUUCAAUACGAACAAUUAUCAAUGAAAACAAUUUUGGAAGUAAAGGUAUUGUUUUUGGUGAAAAGCUUUCUGUUGGCUUAGGAAAAAACUACAAAAUUCUUGUUGAUAAGUCUGACAGCCAGAGAGAAGCAUGUGGUGAUAGUAAUGGUGAAUAUCAUUAAGGUAGAGCAGAAGGAACAGCACUGCUGGAGAAAGUACUGUAUGUUCCUGUAGGGACACUUGGCAGGCACAGCAGCCUGAGAUAGAGAAGUUUGAUUUGGG